GGUAACGUGGACUGGGAUUAGACUGGUGCUGCUUGCAGUCGCUCCUUAAGUGCCUUUACCAAAAAGUUCUGUCUGAUUUAUUUUUCAGCUCUCGCCUUUUCUAUAUGCAGGCACCAGUUCAGGUCGACAUUUCUUUAUUUCGAAUUACAUUAUUUUAAUGACUAGUUUAGGUUUGUGCUUCGUUUGACUCAACACUUCUCUCUAUAUGAAGUUUUAUUAGCUUCAAUUAUAGCAAGCUAACGUUAGCUAGAGCAGGGUCUCUGUCUCGUCAAUUGAAACCAUUUAACGUUACUAGCUAACAUUUGAUUGAUAAAGCUGGGACAGUUUUGCAAUGAGUUCUCAACGGGAGCAAGGUGCACGCUCACCUAGACUGGAGGCUGUGAUUCAGAAGUUGGAGGAGUCCUUGCUUCACUCUGACGGCAGCUCAGGAGAGAGGAAUCUGACACUUCGAGGUGAUGGAGAGGAGUCCAGUAUCACGCCUACACCCGUUUCCACCCGCAUCCGCCAGAUCAUCACCCACAACCUGGCGGAGCAGCCAGCUAGUGAGAGCUCUGAGGUCAGCGAGCUGGAGGAGAGCAGGGCCCUGAGGGAGCAGCUGUCUCCUGGCCAGAUGGACCGUGACCAGCUGCUAGUCAAGCAGGCCAGUCUCACAGACAGGCUUGAUCAGAUGCUGAUGCUGCAGUCAGCAGUGGAUUCAGACCAGGACAGUGUAUCACCAGGAUCCCUGCAAUUGCAGAACAAGGAGAGAGCUUACAGGCAAAAACUGAGGGUCUACCAGGAGGCCCAGCAGAGACAAGCCCAACUUGUUCAGAAGCUGCAAACCAAGGUUCUACAGUACAAGACGAGGUGUGGGGAACUGGAAGCGCAGGUGCUGGAGAAGACCUCUGAGUCUGAGAAGAUGAGAUUGUUGCUGCAGGCCCACCUGGAUUCAGCCCAGCGUCAGCAGCGGGCAGAGCAGGAUCUCAACAUGGUAAUCCAGAAUAAGUCUGCUCAGCUGGAGGAGGAGCAGAAGAGGUGUGCCAGCCUCAGCCAAGUCAACUCUAUGCUGCGGGAACAACUGGAGCAGGCAGGCACUGUCAACCAUGGACUAACAGAGAGCUUGUGGAAGGCCCGUGGAGACGUGGAGUUGUGUGAUACCCGUCUGCGCAGAGAGCAAGAGACGUGCGCCUCCCGGCUGAGCCGCGAACAGGCUCGUGUCAGAGCACUAUGGCGCCAGGCCGCUUCCCUGCGGAGCACUUUCACCCAGCUAAGGACUUUCACUGACAGGACUCUGUCCGAUAUGCGCGGGGAGUGUGUCUCUGCCAGCCGGCAGCUGCAUGUUGCCUGCAUGAACUUAGAGGCCAAAGUAACGCAGGAGAGCACCUCUAGUGGUGUGGAGACGUCAGCACUGGAGAGGCAGCUGAAAGACAAGUUGAAAGAAGCCAUGCAGCUUCAGGGUCGCUGGGAUGCAGAGAAAGUCGAACUUAACUCGAGAAUCCUGGAACUGACUGACAGGGUGAAGUACCUCCACAGCAGGAGCAGUGAGAAGGAUGCCAGCCUCAACACCAUGCAGAUCAGUCUGGACAGGAUGGAGACAAGGAGAACAGAGGAUAAAGCAGAGAUGGAGGUCAUCCACACAGAGAUCCAAGCCCUCCAAAAGAUUUUAUGCCACAUCCAGCAGUUGGUUGGCAGCGAGGGUGAUAGCAGUGGAUCUGAAAGUGUGUCCUCCUCACCUCUUCAUGGCCGGUCUCCUCUGAGGAACACUACCCUGAUGGCUGUGCAGAGUGCUCUCUCCAAGCACCAAAAACAAACACAGUUUCUCUGCCUACACACAACAAACACCGCACCCGUGUUCAAACCACAGGACCUGCAUGGGCGUCUGGAUGCCGCUCUGGAGCAAGUGGACACACUGCGAGAUCACCUGCAGGAGAGGGACGUUGAGAGGAGAGAGCUGGAGCAGAGGAUCCAGGAAGUAAGGAGGGAAAGUCAGGAGGCUAAAAAAGCUCUGGAGGAAAGCCUCAGAGACAGCAACAGAUAUCACUGCUCCCUGGAGCUCAUCUCCAGCGAGAAACGCAGCCUGGAGAAGCUGCUGUCAGAGGUGCAGCAGGAGGUGGACUCCCAGGGUGCUGAGCUGGAGGUACUGCGGGGCUCAUCGCUGGAGCUCCAGAGACAGCGGGACCUCCUGAGGCAGCAGAGGGAGGAUCUGGAGAUGCAGCUGUCACGCCAGCGCACUGAGGCCCAAAGAGGCGAGAGGAGUCUGGAGGAGCUUGAAAUAAAGCACUCAGAUCUGCGUAGGGAGCUUGUGACAGUAAAGGAGGCUCUGAGUCAAAUCACCCUGCAGAAGGAGGUGCUGGAGGAUGAUAAGGCCAGCCUCGCUCUGGCUCUCAGCAAGAUGGAGUCCCAGAGUGCUGCACAUGAGUUAGCCCUCACCAAACUGCAGAACCAAGAGGCUGCUCUAAAAGACUCUCUUGCCAAAAUGGCUGCCCUGAGCGAAGGCUUAGCCAAAGACAAGGUGGACCUCAAUCGUAUUCUGCUGCAGACAGAAGGUGAGAAGGCAGAGCUUGCUGAACGUAGACGGGAAGCUGAAGUAGAGCGGGCAGCGGCCAGGGAGGAUACAGCACGGGUGCAACAGGAGAUGAUGAAUCUGCUUGCUGAGAAACAAGCCCUGGAGAGCUCCCACAGCCACUUGCAGGAUCUCUGCCAGAAGCUAGAAGCUGAGCUGAGCCUGCUGCAGAAGGAAAACGCUCAGGCCCUGGAGCAGCACUCCCAGGUCAACAGGCAGAUGCAGACUGUGUCAGAGGAGCUUUGUGCGUGCAGGAAGGAGCUUGAGACACAGACCACAGCCCUAAAGAGAGCUACCCAUGACAGGGAGGAGCUGGCCAAGGACAAGGCUGCUCUGGACGUCAAGCUAAACUCCGCUGACCGAAACGCCUGUGGUCUCACGCAGGAGUUGGUUGCACUUAGAGCAGAGAAGGAGUCCCUGGAGACGGCUCUGUUUGAGAGCCAGGAGCUUGCCUCGUCUCUGGAGGCCGAGUGCACCAGGAUGGCGGGGGAGAGGCGCAGCUUGCUCCUGGCUAACGAGGCCUUGACGCGUGAUGGUGCUCGGAUGCGUGUGGAUGCUGAGCGCCAGUCUGCACUAGCUGAGCGAGAGCGGAGUCAGUUGGAGGAGAAGCUGGCCCAGGUAGAGAGGAAUGCCCUGCUGACCCUGAACAGCAAAGCGCGAAUUCACAGAGAGCAGCUUGAAGCUGAACGCCGACAAAAGGAGCAGCAGUAUGCAGACCUGAUGGUUCAGCGGGAGCAGUCUGAGGAGCAGCUGCGCAGACAGUGUGAGGAGCUGCGUGUGCAAAGCCAGAAGGAGCUGCAGCAGGUGCAAGAGGAGCUGACAAGGCUGCAGCAGGACUUCAACCAUAGCCUCCUGCAGGCUGAGAGUGAAAAGCAGCAGGCUUUAUCCCAGAAGGAGGCGGAGAAGGUGGCCCUUACGGAGAAGCUAGCCACCAUGCAGCAGGACUUGGCCACUGCAGGCAUGGAGCUUGAGCGCAUGCAGAGAGAGGCACUUAGCAAACAGGAGCAGGAUAAGAAUGCAAGGGCUGUCCUUCAGUCUGAGCUGAAAGACUUGCAGGCUCAAUUUGAAGAGUCCUUGAACUCCCAUGACAAUAUCAAGAAGAGUCUAACGGAGCAGGUCAGAGAGUUGAACCAACAGAGAGAACACACACAACAGGAGUUAGAAGGCCUUCGUCGGCAGCUGCAGGAGGCAGAGGAUGGACUUAUUAAAGUGCAAAGGGAGCUGAUUGAGGCUCACAGAGAGCUCCAGGAGUGUGCCCAGGAUCGGGACAAGCAAAGAAAAGAAUCUCUGGACCUGAGAAGGCUCUUGGGUGAUGAGACCAAAGAGAAAGAGGCCAUCCAAGCCUCUAACCAGGAACUAAGAGCUUUCGUCAAAAGAGCAGAGAGUGACAACAGCAGCUUGAGGCGAGCUGUGGAGGAGAGGGAGCAGAAAGUGGCCGUCUUAGAGGAUUGUAAGAGCUCGAUGCACCAGGAGGCAACCACUCGACGGAGCAGUAUGAGAGAGCUGGAGAAGUCUCGCCUGCAGGCACGCAGAGAGCUACAGGAGCUGCGCAGACAGCAGGUAAAGGUCCUCGAAGGCGAGAACGGCCGGCAGAAACAGGAGCUGCGAGAGCUGCAAGCCCGGGUAUGUCAGGAGGAGCAGAAGGAGGAGGAGGCAUGUCGCGAGGCUUUCACUCUCAAGCAGAGAGUGCUGGAGUGCGAGGCUGGCAGAGAAGCAGCGCUGAAUGAGGUUGCAGGUCUGCAGCGCCGUGUAGUGGAACUGGAGACAGCGGAGCAUCAGAACCGAGAGCUGCUGCAGGAAAGAGAGGCUUAUCAGCAGCUGUGUGAGGAGAGGCACAGAGACACAGCUGACCAGCUGGGGGAAGCACUAGAAGACGCCAGGAUCCAGGUGAAGGAACUCUCUGUGCAGGUUGGCCUCGCUGAAAGCAAGGUUCAGGGCCUGGAAGAGCAGCUGGGCCUGGCCGAUGCCAAACGCAGGGACUUAGAGCUCAAGUUGGCGGGGUUGUAUUCAGCUCUCCGCCGCACUGUUGGCACCUGCUGUACAAGGCUUUCAGGCACACCUGGGUCCCGUAGACGCUCUCCCUCUCCCUGGAGAAACCACCUGCAAGUAAAAGGGGGAGACAGUGUGACAGACGGAUCUGUGUUGUCUCGAGGUGACGAUGAAGAGCUGGACGUGGACUCAGUGCACACAGCCCUACGUGAAUUCCAGCAGGAAUUCAGGGACACACAAAGAGACAGGGAUGAAGCCAAAGCUCAGAUAGUUAGUCUAACUCAGCAGGUGACAGAGCUCCAGAGCAGCCAGGACAAGACAGCCACCCACCUGCUACAACUACAGAAGUCCUUGAAGCAAUCAGAGCUGGGAAAAAGAGCCAUGGAAGAACGAUUGCACGAGGCGCAUUCGUCCCUUUCACAGCAGGAAGAAGUAGCCCGUCGUACAGAGAGGGAGAAGAGAAACCUUGAGGAGGAGGUAGCUAAAUGCAGGACGAGUCUGCAAGAGGCUGAAGCAGAGUCCAGGGCACUGCAAGACAAGUUGGAGCUCUUGCACGGCUUAGAAUCCCGUGCAAAUGUAGAACAACGGAAGCUGAAGGAGUGUCUGGAAGCAGCAGAGAACAGGGCGAGCCGCCUAGAGCUCUCCCAGCGUACCCUUGAAGGUGAGCUACAAAGGGCCCAGCUCAGGGCAGCAGAGCUGGAUGCAGAAGCAGGAGCACUGCAGGAAAGACUGACAGAACUGAGGCGGAAGCUAGGUGAGAGCGAGGACCGGUGUGCAGCGCUGAGGGUCAACGAGGAGAGGUUGGCCACGACACUGGCUCGAGCUGAGCAGCACGAGAGCCAGCUGAGAGAGCAGAUCCACAAGUUGUCAAACACCCUCAGUGACAACAGGAGCAGCAGUGGAGCCCUGCAGGAGCAGGUCACACAGUUGCAGAGGGCUCUGACGGCCAGUGAGCAGGACCGAAGACUGCUGCAGGAGCGUCUGGAUAAAACACGAGAUGCCCUUUCAGAGAGUAAGAGGCUGAAUCACAAACUUACAGAGCAGAUCCAGAACCUUCAAAGGGCCCAAGAGGACUUAGAGCUUAAAGAUUCUGAGCUGGAGAAACAUAACAGGACACUGAAGGAGAGCCUGAGGCAACAGCAGGAAGCUGAACUGCAGGCCCAGGGGAGUUCCCAGCAGCUGCAGCGAGAGAAGGAGGAACUCCAGGACAAGGUCACCAAUCUUCAGACCUCUUUGCAUAAGCUACAGAGUGACAGAGCAGAGAUGGAGAGGGUGCUGACACGCCUUGGUAAAGACAAGUCAGCACUCAGAAGGACACUGGAAAAGGUGGAGAUGGAGAGGCUGAGGAGGGAGGAGGAGGCGGUGGCGGCAGCCAGAGAGAAGGAGCAGUUGGAGCAGGCAGUCCGCAGCCUGGAGCAGGAGCUGACUGAAAAGCAGGACGAGGUUCAGGCUGUGCAGGCCCAAAUCUCCCAGUUAGAGCACUCUCAUGCACAGCGCCUCCUGGAGGUGACAGCCCACCAUCACCAGGAGUUGGAUUUAGAGACAGAUCGUCUGAGAGGCAGUCAGCUCCAAGUGGAGAGGGCUUUGGAGACCAGGGAGAAGGCCCAUCGCCAGAGGGUCAAAUGCCUGGAGGAACAGUUGCUGACUCUGAAAGAGCAGCUAGAUCAGGAGACAAGAAGACGACAAGCCUAUUUCAAUCAGAUGCUACAACCUGGUGUGUAGGUAGAGACCCUGCAGUGACGUAUAUAGCACCUCUGGGUUCCUCUGGCUGCUUCCCAACAACAUUAUACAGGCUACGUCCACAUAUGGAAGCGCACACAAACACACUCCUUAGGCGUUUGCUCCCACCCAUGCACAUGUGCACACCGGAUUACAUUAAUCUGCAGGAAAACUCAACAACAACAAACAAUGAGUGUUUUGUUUAUGAGUGGACUAGAUGUGCCAAAUUGUUUUAAGGAUUUCCUCUGGCUCGCUACAGUCUGUUUGUGCUGUGUCAUUUUUUCUAUUUUUUUCUUAGUUGGUGCUUUAUUCUACUCUUAUGAUUGUUCGUAUACUCAUUUGUCAUAUUGAUUAUCAUGUACCAGUUUUAUAUGUCCUAAUCACUGUUUGUAUAUCCUAAUGGGAAUAAUAGCCAAAUAUUUGCAAUAACUGUUUGCAGAUGUUCCUGGUGCUGUGAUUUAUUAGUGUUUCAGGUCAUGUCAUAAAGAUUCUAUAGUGUUAACUCAUUUAUUUUAUUGUGUGUUGUAUUUGCCUCAAUCAAUAGUUGUCUGUGCAAAAGAUUGUUUUUAAUAAACUGGGUGUGUCAUA